AUGCGCCUCGUUUUCUUUGCUCUACUUUUCGCCGCGUCCGCUCUCGGGGUGUCUGCCGCUCCGCUCCCUACUCCAAACCGGCCCGUCACCCACAGGCAAUGGGAACGAUAUCACAACCGAAAAUUCAAUGAGCAUGACAGAUUGGGAGACCAGCAUAUGACCGAAGCAUCAAGGCAUGAAAAGCUUGCCAAUAGGGCGAGAAAAAAGUUUGUCCGCGAGGAAGGAAGCACCGAGGAAUCGUACACUGACAAUAAGGUAGGGGUAAAGAAACAGAUGCUCAGCGUCACCAUCAAGAGGCCAGAGAACAUGCAGAAGCAGCGGCUCAUCAUCAGAGGGAAGCCUUAA